AGUAAGCAUUUUGUCAACUUUCAUCGCGCCCUUCAAGUAUUUAAGUCCUGGUGCAGCAAAUAUGGAAGACGAAGACAAUUUAAGUACAAGCAGUGCAGAAGUAAAGGAGAAUCGUAACAUUGGCAACUUAGAAGAUCAUCCAAUAACCUCUAACGAAAGGUCAAGGGUGGGCGCUUCCAGUAUCAAAAGGAAAAGGCCUCUAGAAGAGGGCAACAAUGGACACUUCUGCAAACUCCAGCUCAUCUGGAAGAAAGUCUCAUGGUCAGUAACGCCAAAGAAUGCCCUGGUUCAACUACAUGAACUUAAGCCAGGUUUACAGUAUAAAAUGGUCUCCCAGACAGGCCCUGUCCAUGCACCGGUAUUUGCAGUUGCCGUGGAAGUAAAUGGGCUGACAUUUGAAGGGACUGGACCAACAAAAAAGAAGGCCAAAAUGAGGGCUGCAGAACUUGCCCUCAAGUCUUUUGUUCAGUUCCCCAACGCAUGUCAAGCUCACUUUGCCAUGGGGAAUUGUUUCAACCCUUCCACAGACUUUACGUCAGACCAGGCAGACUUUCCAGACACUCUGUUCAAAGAGUUUGAACCAUCGACGCACAGUAAGGACUUCUCGGUCUACAACCCAGUUAAUAACGAACUGCUUUCUACAGCCUAUCGGCAUGGGAGGUUGCUAUACCACACCUUGGACUUAAUGGGCCACAGCAAACAAAACAAGCGCAAGAUGGCGUCCGCCGCUGAGAGCGAAAAGAACCCAGUGGUGUUGCUCAAUGAGUUGCGGUCAGGACUGAGGUACGUCUGCCUUUCGGAGACUGUGGAGAAGCAGCACAUCAAGAGUUUUGUGAUGGCUGUAAGAGUGGAUGGGAGAACAUUUGAAGGCUCGGGACGUAGCAAGAAGCUGGCUAAAGGUCAAGCAGCACAGGCUGCGCUUCAGGCCCUCUUUAACAUUCGGCUGCCCAGUCACAUUCCCGGCAGGAGUAAAUGUAAUCAUUUGCCACAGGAAUUCGCUGAUUCCCUCUAUCAAAUGAUUACGCAGAAGUUUCAAGAGGUGACAGAUAAUUUUGCUGCCAUCUAUGCACGUCACAAAUCCCUUGCAGGAAUUGUCAUGACGAGAGGCUUGGAUGUCCGGCAGGCUCAGGUUAUUGUGCUGACGUCGGGGACCAAGUGCAUAAAUGGAGAAUACCUUAAUGACCAAGGGCUCGUGGUCAACGACUGCCACGCGGAAAUUGUGGCGCGGAGGGCCUUCCUUCACUUCCUUUACUCGCAGCUGGAGCUUCACCUGAGUAAUAAAGAAGACAGCGAGCGAUCAAUCUUCGUGCGGUUAAAAGAGGGAGGCUACAGGCUAAAAGAGAACAUUCUGUUCCAUCUGUAUGUGAACACUUCGCCCUGUGGAGAUGCACGCCUCAACUCCCCCUAUGAAAUCACAACAGACUUGAACAGCAUUAAGCACAUAGUAAGAAAGUACCGUGGGCAUCUUCGAACAAAGAUUGAAUCUGGGGAAGGAACCAUUCCAGCCCGAUAUCCCAGUGCGGUGCAAAUGUGGGAUGGCAUGUUAUUGGGGGAGCAGCUGGUCACCAUGUCUUGCACGGACAAAAUUGCCAGGUGGAACGUCCUCGGCUUACAAGGAGCUCUCCUCAGCUACUUCAUCGAGCCUGUGUACUUGCAUAGCAUUAUUGUGGGGAGCCUCUCUCACACCGGACACCUUUCACGGGUAAUGAGCCAUAGACUAGAAGAUGUCGGUCAACUGCCAGCCUCAUACCGGUGCAAUCAGCUGCUCCUGAGUGGAGUGAGCAACGCCGAGAUGCGGCAGUCAGGGAAAUCACCUGGUUUCAGUGUGAAUUGGAUAGCGGGCACUACAGACCUCGAGCUUAUUAAUGCAACAACAGGAAAAAGGAACUGCGGGAGCUCUUCGCGACUCUGCAAGCACCUGUUUUACACUCGAUGGGCAAAGCUUUAUGGAAAGCUGAGCACACAGAUAUUAAGCCAUGGAGAUCUGCCCUCCGUGUACAGUGAGGCCAAACUGCUGGCGCACACAUACCAGUCUGUCAAGCAACAGCUGUUUAAAGCAUUUCAGAAAGCCGGUCUGGGAACCUGGGUGAAAAAGCCCCCGGAGCAAGAUCAGUUCCCGCUAACUGUGUGAAUCAUCUGGCACUUCUGUGCUGUGACCCCCAUCAAGCUGACUGAAGAUGGAGAGAAGGGCAGGAGAAAACCGCAGGAGCUGG